UUCAUUUUUUAAGGCUACAAAUACGUGUGACACAAACACGCCAACUGGCCCACGCCUGAAAAGCCUGAAAGUACAAGACCUUCCCAAGAUUUUUUAGGACUGCCUCAUGGAGAUAAAAAAGCCUGAAAGUACAAGACCUUCCCAAGAUUUUGUAAGCACCAACUGUGGUGGUUUUGGUCAAGAAAGUAGAUCAUAUACAUGUGCUUUCUGUAAUAGGGGUUUCUCUAAUGCACAGGCACUAGGUGGUCACAUGAAUGUUCAUAGAAAAGAUAGGGCUAGGUUGCAAGAAUCAAUCCAAGAAACCCUAAUUACAACAGAAGCUACAAAAAGUGUGAAUUUGAAUCCAGUUGAUCAACUUGAAGCACAGUCAUCGGAUGAUGAUGAUGAUAAGGGUGUUAACUUCAAGAAACCAACAUUGCAACUAUCUUUGUGGAUUGAGCCACCGUCUGCAAGCGAUUAUUCUAGCAUCAGAUCGAAUAAAGUUUCUUCUUUAUCAUCUUCAUCGACGACAGAUGUGGACCUUGAGCUUCGACUAUGGACGGAUUCUGAAACGGCUUCAAGAGAUCAUGAUGUAAGAAACUAGCUAGAGAAUUUUAUGUAGGUUUCAUGAUAUUUGAAAACCUAAAAACAGGUUCAGUUCUUGUUUAAGAUGACAUCUUUUUAACCUAAAUGAUGUCUUUGAUUAAUAUACUUUUAUAUAGUAACCACUUCUGUCA